AUGUCACACACAGAACGGCUUUCGUCGACCAACAUCGGCACACUGACCAAAGAUCGAGACAAAUGCAUCAAGAUCUCUGUGAAAUCCAUGGUCCACGGCCUCCCUUGUCCUUUUCCUGUAUUCAUCGUUCGUGUCCAUCUCCGUGUAGCCGUCAGUGGCUGGCGUCCCGGAGUCUGGAAAUGGCUUGUAAACUGUCACCUGGUGGCCGCGGUCCACCAGGGCGAGCAGCACGCCCCUCAUGAGCUUUUGGUUUUUAACUGCCAUCGUCUCAAUGGCCAGCACGUGGGCGGCAUACAAUGGCCUCUAGCAGACAGCCAGCCAGGCUUCUGUAACAUCCGUUGGAAUCGAAACGAAAUGGUAGUUGCAUUGUUAGAUGUGAAGUGCAAGUACACACCUGUCCCUCUAAUAGAAGUCACGAUUGACCGACUAAUGUCACCGUACAAAGUCUCCGACUAUCCACAACAAGUGUAG